AUGGCACUUUCGCCCGAGAUGGAUCCGUUAGUUGAUAGUGAAUCAAUAAAAAUCACUGGGAAAGGCACAAUUGUUGCCCAAUCCGAUGGGAACCAGGCAGGCUUUGACUUGAUUGUCCAGCACGAAGUUGGAGUCUGUACUGCCUUUGGGGACCAUGUGGUUAUGGUCAAGUAUGUGGCUCUCCAAAGUAGACGUACCAAAAAGUUUGAGACAUUACUAAAAUCGGGUCAAAGGGGGCACUUCGGAGGGGUUUUAGCUGGGUGGGACAGGCACCAUGACAUGAUGAUUGUCAAAUUGACUGAAGUGACAAUUGGAGGAACCCAAAAAUGA